UCUAUAUAAGUUGGAAGGUUGUUGGGUUUUGAGGUGUGGAAGAAGAUGACGAAGAUGAUGAAGGGUAGGGUGUCUAGAAAUGGAAGCUAUGCAAUUGCUUCGUCUAUGAAAGAUGGACAUGAUCAACAGCCUUGCAUUACCUGCACCACAUUCAACAUCCUUGCUCCAAUCUACAAGCGCCUAAGCCAUGAGGACCCUGGUUGUAGGGAAAGCGAUCACAGGGCUUAUUGGCUGGCCAGAAAUCACAUGAUUUUGGAUUGUUUGUUGGCUGAGAGAUCGUCCAUUAUUUGUCUUCAGGAGUUCUGGGUUGGGAAUGAAGAGCUUGUGAACAUUUAUGAGAAGAGACUUGGUGAUGCUGGUUAUAUCAAUUUUAAGCUAGGAAGGACAAACAACCGCGGUGAUGGUUUGCUGACUGCAGUGCAUAAGGACUACUUUAGAGUUAUAAAUUAUCAAGAGGUGCACUUCAAUGAUUGUGGAGAUCGUGUUGCUCAGUUGUUACAUGUUGAAUUAGCUUCCCCAGUUUCACAAUUUCGAAACAAUGAUAUUCGGCAGGAAAUGCUCAUUGUGAAUACCCAUUUGUUAUUUCCUCAUGAUUCAAGUUUAUGUACUGUACGAUUGCGUCAGGUGUACAAAAUCCUACAAUAUGUGGAAUCUUAUCAGAAAAAGAACAUACUUAACCCCAUGCCCAUCAUUCUCUGUGGUGAUUGGAAUGGAAGCAAACGUGGACAUGUUUACAAGUUCCUUAGGUCCCAGGGGUUUGUAUCAUCUUAUGAUACUGCUCAUCAUUACACCGAUGCAGAUGCACACAAGUGGGUUAGCCACCGAAACCAUCGAGGAAACAUAUGUGGGGUUGACUUUAUAUGGCUUCUUAACCCAAAUAGUUACCGGAAACUACUAAAAACAAGUUGGAGUGAAGCAGUAUUUGGCAUGUUCAAGUAUCUACUACGAAGAGCUUCACUGACAGAAAGUGAUGCCUUCGCCUUUUUGAAGGCUGACAACCCGGGUGAUUACAUUACUUAUUCUGACUUCUGUGAAGCCCUCCGACAGCUUAAUUUGACUGGUCAUUGCAAUGGACUUAGCCAUGAAGAGACCAAGGACUUAUGGGUUCAAGCAGACAUAGAUGGCAAUGGUAUUCUUGAUUACGAAGGGUUUCAGCAGCGAAUUUGGAAUCUAACAGAUGGUGGUAAUGAGAUCUGGGAUGUUGGCUCUAAUGGUAUUCAGGAGCAAGCUAUUGGUUUCAGUGUAAAAAAUGCAGUUCUUUUCCCUCCUGAAGUGGAGAAAGGAACGUGGCCUGAAGACUACUCUCUUUCUGAUCAUGCACGACUAACUGUGGUUUUCUCACCGAUAAGAAUGCCAUGCUCUCAGAUGAUCGCCUGACCAAAGUAGAACUUUGGGAUCAUGACUAGUUUAUAAACCAUCUCAUUGAUUUGAGUCAACCUUACAGCCAGAUUGUUGGAAUGGAGCAAAACCUGCUGAAUAAAGAGAGGAAAAAGAAGUCUGAUCAACUUGCGUGUUGAUGCUGCGCCUUUCUUCCUGUGCCAUCCUCAGAACCUUAAUCUUUCAUACACCAGUGGUGACUACAUCAGUGCCAACAAACACAUUAGCAUGGGAGCCCCUGAUCUGCAGCCGCUGAAUUGACCUACCAGCCACAUUAUGCAAAGUUUCAAUUUGCCUUUAUGUGAGAAAAGGAAGCAAAGAAUAACAGAAAGAUAUAUAUAGUUGUAUAGCUGUACAUAUAUGUAGUCUAAUAUAGAGUUUGUAGCUAGCUGUGCAUAUAUGUAGGCUUCUCAUUCUUGUAGCAUGGUGAUAUCUUACACAUUAGGUUUCCUUC